AGUACUAAAUAUCCUCACGUUUCAGGCGCGUCGCUAGGUAUGUAAAAACAUGUGGUUCUGUACUUUAAACAAAAGUAAAGCAAAAACAAGCGCUGUUCAACUGUUUAACCGAGAAAGUUGCUUUUUGCCAUCAAUUUUCACAAAAUAUUUCUCUGUCUUUACGGGCAAAGACCAACGGUAAAUGGAAAAAUGACUUUCUACCGUAGUUAAUUCUUUACGAACUGCUAAAACUCAUUAUUUUAUUCCUUACAAUUCCUGUUUAAAAAUGAGAGCAUUCAAUAUUCUCUUGUUGUCUGGUUGAGCGUGAAUUCAAUCAUCAUGACAGAUCAAUUUUUACAGAUUGCUUUAAGAAUCCUGUUGGUGUUGCUGAUCCCAGAAUAAUCACUGAUAAUCGGAUGACAUCAUCUUCUAAUCACUACGGUCUGUACCGGGCGGCCUAUGGUCGACUCAACGGUUACAGAGGCGGUGGUUGGUGUUCGCAUAAGACUGACAGUAACAAUGAAUGGCUUCAAGUUGACAUCGGAGAAAUAAUUCAAGCAUGCGGUCUUGUUAUCGAUGGAGAAAGAGGAACAAGUCGCCUGUGGAUUAAAGCUUUCAAACUGUCCUAUUCCUUAGAUGAAUUAAACUGGGAAACCUACCUGGAUGAAAGUGGUGAAGAAAUGGUAAAAAUUUCAUUGUAAUCCAUCAAAGAAAGUUUUUUAUUUCAAUUUGGUGGUGGGGAAAAUUUUGAAAAAAAAACUGUUCUUUCCACCUUGUUUAUCUUGUUCUGUUUUUAUUUUUUAUUGUUAUUGUUUAAACAUAUUUUUCUUUGCUUUCCUCAAAGUCACUUAGGCUUAUCAAGGGGGAUUGCAAAAUACAAAAUUUAUUUCUUUUAUACAGGCUCAUACACAAACCCACACCCACGCAAAAAACAACACACAAAUUACAAAAACAACGAAUUAAACUUACAUAGCUUGGGAGAUAUUAUUUAAACAAUCAGGUAAUGGUCACAGGAAAGCGAUUUGUAUUAAGUAUGAUACUUUAUAGCUCGCAAAAAAGCACUAUUGACGUUGUAUUUUUUUCCGUUCUUUCGCGUUUGGAAACAAGUAUUUUUGGAACUAUUUUUUCCUUUCAAAAAAACUUAUGUUCCAUUUAUUACGUUAAUGUUUCAAAGGAAUUUCAGAGUAUAGGUUACGGUCCUUCAAUCGCUCAGCACAAGUUACCACUGCCAGUGUAUGCAAGAUACUUUCGAUUUUAUCCAAUCCAGAGUCAUAGAAGGACCUGCCUUAGGGUUGAGAUUUUCAAACAAAAAUGUGAGUUCAUAAUGCAAUAAUAACUAAAAUAUGAUUACUUUUCCGGUAUCAGGAAACAGGUUCCUGGGUGUGGCCGAGAUAAUCAUUAAACACAGUGUAGUACAUUCUCAAAUUAACAACAAGCUCAUGCGUCAGCGUGUGUUCAUCGAUGUAAAAAGCACGCGGGAGGUCGGGAUAUGAAGCCGGCACGAGUUUUAAGAAGCUACAGUUGCACUCGGCUGCGCCUCCAGAAAAUCUUACGCAUCUUGCGUGCUCCAAAUCGACUUUCCUUUAGCAUAUUUACAUGAACUUCUCAUUUUAAGCUCCUAAAGGUUUAUAUCAAUCGUGCUUCAACGGAAAAGCUGAUUAAAGGCGACUGGUCCACUGCGAAUGGCUCUCUAGAAAUUUUCAAAAUGUUAGUCUUGCAACUGAUCAAUACGACAUUGACAGAAUAGAUAAGUUUUGAACCAAGUUAUCCUUGUAUCCGUAUUACUCUUGACAAAAGAAGAUGCCUCAUCCUCUUUUGUUAUCGAUGAAUUCAUCUGAUAAGUAACUUUCAACAUUCAGCUUAAUAGGCAAAGGGGUUUAACUGUAUCAGGAUUUGGAUAAAGGUUGAAUAAUGCUUCUUUAUUUGCAGUUCCAGGAUGUCAGUACAUCGACGUAGGAAUAGGCAAUGGAUACACCCUGGAUAGAGAUUUCAGUUCGUCCUCUGCACUAAAUGCAAACACACCUGCUAAGAAUGGUCGAUUGAACUACAAUGGAGGAUCAUCAUGGUGUGCUGCAACAAAUGAUAGGCAGCCAUAUCUACAGGUUGACUUUGAAAAGCUUUAUAUCAUCUGUGCUGUUUCAACUCAGGGGAACUCCCAAGGAGACGAGUGGGUAAGGAAGUACACACUUCAGUCAUCUAGGGAUGGAACAAAUUGGACAGGCUAUCAAGAGGCGGGAAUAUUGAAGGUUUGUCACCUUCAGAAACCUAAUAGAUAAUAAAAGAGUAUAAUUCCUGGUUAAAAAAUUGACUGUCAUCAUUACGAUAGAGAGGUUGUUCAAGUUGUCCAAGCGCACGAUAUAAGUGCUUGAAUAACCUGGUUAAACAUAAUGGGAGUCAAAGGAAUAAACACGAACGAGGUAAACCAAGCUAUUCUAUAUAGACUUGAGCAAAAGUAACGGCGAGAAACUUUAGAAAGUAUUUAGAGUAGUAUUUGUGACGAGAGGUCUGCAUCUGAGGUAAGGAAGAACAAUCUUAACAGCGAUUCUGUUAAUCAAAAGGAUCUCGUUGCCCCAUUUGACUGACAUCGAAAGUUAACUUUAGUUCUUAGAUGCAUUGCCUCUUUUUAACUGGGAACAAAACUGGAAUAUGGUCUCACGCUUUGUGUUAUGACAAAAAAAACACUAACAAGCCCUAACUUGGUAGAAAAAGAUGUUUUUUCGUCUUGUCACGAGCGUGAGACAAAGAAAACAAUCUGAGUUCCUGCAUGACACGCGUCCUGUAUACUGCUAGGAUCAGCAAUGUCUAGAGCGACAUGUUUUGCAAGGCAAUGUAUGUUUUUUCUUGGGGGUGGGGAGGACUGGAGCCUCAAAGGGGAGGGUCAUUAGUGAAUGUUAACGCCAAAAAGGAGAGUGUCAUACCUCUUUGUAAGCUAUUAGAGGGGAGGAUCAGACACCUUUUCCAGAAUUUUUUAAUGAGAUUUUUGUGAUGUUGCUGUCCAUUUUUCUUACAGAUAAAGUUCUUCUUUUCCCCUACUUUGAUUUUAUUAGGUGUUUUAUUACAGGUUCUAGGUUAUAUAUCUACAUGUAUAUUAUCCCAUGGCACAGUUUUCUCGGCGAACUCGUGUCCUUUGCUGUCCGUAUCGAGACGUACUAGACGUACUAGGUAUCGUUUCUUCAGCUUCUUGCUCCUGUUGACUAUCCGCUGCUUGAUCUCCUGACUAAUUUAGUUCUGAAGAGUUACUAGUAGGUCCCACCAUGCGCUCUACCCUGUCACUGUCACUGUCAAACUCUGAAUUUGAGUCAGAAUCUGGCUGAAUGUUGUUCUGACUGUCCUGCAUAAUAGAAGUCAAAAUCUUGCUGCCAAUAUGUGCCUUCACACCCUCACUUUCUAAUGUUUCUUUCCUUUAAAUGCAAUAUUGUGGUGAUUAAUACAAAGUUCAAGUUCACCUACACUUAAGGGGUGACAACUGGUUUCAGUGAUAGAGAUCUUCCCGGUCCACGUCAUUGUAUUCCGGCCUGUUGCUUUCUUUCUGCAUGCUUCCUGUCAUUAUCUGUUGGCUGCUUAUCUUUUCUCAUUUCAAUGUCAGUUAGAUGCUCAAUAUAAUCUGCAACAAGCGUUUCUGAAACAAUGUAUUUUUCAGAAAACUCUUUGAUUGCCUUUUAUCCCCUGCUUUAAGCUUACCUUCUUGAAAUAUCUGUUUUAUUUGAGCUCAAGGCUGAUAAUCAUCAGGUUUGCGGCCACUCGUACGUGUUUUCGUACUUGGUAGGUAGGUAGUGAAAGUCGGGAAGUUUGAUGUAUUCGGGAUAGGGUCGUGGAGUUGGUGUAGCUGGAGGAGGACUCACAAAGUUUUAAAGUUUAUACUUCCCUGUUCAAACUUCAGCUAUAAAACGUAAAUAUCUCACACUGAUUGUUCACAUUUUCUUGUUUCAGCUCGCACACAUUCAAUAUCGAGAUAUAUUUAAUUUCAAACAUUUUGCGUUCACGAGCGAAAUGUUCUGAGGUGUCUACGGCGUGGAACAUACCAUGUAGUAGUGAGGGGAGGGUCGCACUUUUGUCAGUCUCCUAAAGGUGGGGGGUCAGGAGUUUUUUUUAUUAAAUGCAAGGGAGGGCCAACACUUUUUUUCAGAAAAAAAAUACCCAAAUUCCCCCAAGAAAAAAUGUACCUACCUUAAAUAGGAUAAGAAAGAUGGUAAGUUCUGAGACCGGUAAAGAAAUAGAGAAAGUUUUAUUUCGUCUUGUCACGAGCGUGGGACAAAGAAAACAUUCUGAGUCCCCAUAAGGAAUCGAACCUCAGACCUUCGAAUUCCGCGUUCCGAUGCUCUACCACAGAGCCGCAGAGACUCUAUGGUGAGCAAGGCCUAUUACAAAGUUCAUAUAUGACACACGUCCUGCAUACUACUAAGAUCAGCAAUGUCGAUAGCGUCCUGCUUCGUAAAUUGAAUAAGAAAGAUGGUAACCUUCGUUUGGGUGAGGGAAACUUUUCAAGGGGUAGGUAAAGGUAUAACGUCAAUUUCUUUAUUUACCUCUGGCGGUCUGUUUACAAUGCGCAAAUCACGUUUGAUAUUUGAUAUUUCUUGCAUCUACAGGUUUUCUCAGGAAAUUUCAACCGAAAUAAAAUAGUAAAACAAAUUUUGUACAGUGAGCUUGUUGCUAGGAGUUUACGUUUCAUUCCUCAAGAACACUACGGAAACUGUUGUAUGAGGGUUGAAAUAUAUGGAAUACCACUGACAGCAGGUAAAAAGCAACAUACGUUUAUAAUGAUAAAAGGGCUUCCUAGCGACAGCGCCUUGGGUACAAACCGGUUCCGGUUUUAAGAAAAAAUCAGAAAUAAUAAUACAAGAUCGUGUGUAGCUUAGAAUUUAAAGAUCGGUAACCUCGUUCUGUUGACUGAGGAACUACUUUAACCAUUCAUGUUUAAUGGUACAGGCAUUGAAAAACCAUCUGGACUGACUUCACCCAUAAUUAUUGAGUUUACCAAUACACGUUAUAUUGUUUGAAAAUGUCCACAAGACCUAACAAUAAUACCAGCUCGAACUCGCUUGAGAAAGACUUUGCCAGCGAGAAAAUCCCAAAUAAACCUCGAUCGGUGCGGGAAAACUUUCAAAUAAACACCCUAUCGGUUUUUUUUUAAUAACUAGGCAAUACGUUACCAUGAGGGGGAACGAAAAGUUAGCAAAAGCUGCAAAUCCAACCACUUCAAAAAUCCAAUAGCAAAUAAUCUUGUAAAAUCUUGUGCUUUUUUCGUAUAAUUCAGUGACAUCACGUGACAGCUUGACAGCAGCCACUCUUAACAUAAAAAUUAAAAAAAAAAAGUGUGACGCUAGUGCCAUGCUCUUUCUGGACAUUUGGGGGGAAAAGAGCAUGUCCCUUUUUUUAGCAUCUUUCAAUUCUGCACAUCUUCCGAUACUCUUAGAUACUUAAUAAUAAACCUGCUUGUAUUUUCAGAUAAUCUUGCCUUAGAAAAGCCAGCCUUUCAGUCGCUUUAUUUUUAUGAUGCUAUGGAUGUGAUUUAUCCAGGAAGAGCAGUGGACGGAGUAAAGAAUACAAACAGAUACCAUUGUGCAAACACAGGAAGUUUCGGUCCUGUUGCGUUUUGGGCCGUCGACCUUGAACAAGUGCUGCCUGUUUCAGAGGUUUUCAUUCUUAAUAGUGGAGACUGUUGUGGCGGACGUUUAAACGGUGCCGAGAUAAUGGUAGGUAAGUACUCAAAUUAGGGAUAGCCCAUUUUCCCACGGCCCACCGAUUAGAGAUCAGUGCGCAGUCUACUUCGGUUGGCGAAAGGUAUACAUUCUAUGUGCUCUUAGUGAAGAAUGACUUUUUAAAAAAGUUUAUUCUCGCAUUACCUUGUACUAUUACUUAAAGGAAAUGACUCUAGAGAUCCACGGAGACCCUACAGUCUUUGCGCCAGUGAUCUACGAGUCCCUCAAGGAAAGGGAAAGUUUUUUCGAUGUAAUACGACGCUGUACGGCAGAUAUUUAUCUAUCAGGAUACCUGGAUCGUCGAAACCGUUGGUCCUGUGUGAAGUUGAAGUUUUCCCCACAAUCAGAUCAAGUAAGAAAGUUUACAUUUCACGUUGCAGAAUAUGAAUCAUACCUCUCAUUCCUUUGUCAUAAAACUCCUGAUCAUUUAAUCAAUUUUUUUAGGAAGACAGUCACAGUUGAAAACCCAAUUGUGGGCAUCUUCGGAAUAAGACAGAAAUUCUGACUUUAAAGAAUGCUUUUCCAUUAACGGAUGCUCCUGUCUAUCAACCUUUUCUAACUCCGGGUCUUAUAAACUGAUUGGUCAGUUUUUCCAUCAUUUAAUUGGCUGUAAGACUCAAAUGGCGUAAGAUGGUCGUGAUUGGUCGGUUUCGAUCCGUUUGUAAAGUUGGGUCCUUCUGCUCGGUUCGUUUGUAAUGUUAAUGUCGUGAAUAAGUCGUUUGCAUGGUGCCGUUAGUAGUUGAGUCUGUUUCUAGUUAGUUAACCAGCUUUCCAAAGUCAGCCGUUGAAAGUAGUCAGAGCUGUAGGUUAGACAGUGAGCGAAGUCCUGGUCAAAAGUGUGGCUCGUAAGUCGAUGAUGUUCAGCAAUGUGACUGUUGACAUCACCUUUCCUCGUAUAGAAAUUGAUAUGGACGGGUGGAAGGACAGAAUAUCAAGCAUAACUCUGAUAUUUCGCAAUGUAAAACAAUUCGAGGCUCUUAGUGUAGCGCCAUGAUUUAUUUGUGAGAUUCCCAACCUUGCUCCGUUAAAAGCAGCGCCACAGAAUACAUAAGUCAUUUUCUUUGAAUAUUAAACUAUAAACUCUUUGAUAGCAAGUAAUAAGGAGAUCUCUGCGCUUAAAGUGAGUUGCCGUUCUUUUUGCUAGAUCUUGCCUUGUAUCAGUCUGCUUCUCAGUCUUCUACAAGGUCAAAUUAUACCGCUGACAAAGCCGUGGAUGGAGUUAUUCAUUCCUGUGCUACAACUCAGUCGCAGCAGGACCCCUGGUGGAAAGUGGACUUAGGAGCAUCGCGGGUUGUGGCUAAGGUCAUCGUUACAUACAAAAAUCAAAUGGAAGGACUUCAAGUCUGGAUUGGUGGGUUCAGGGAUUCGUGAAAGAAAAUUAAGUAAUCAUAUAAUUAUUGUCAUGAGAACCUGCCCUAAAAAAGCCCUCCAUAGAUGUAGCUGUAAAACAGGGAAGAAGUAACAUUAAAAUGUAUGUUUUGCUGACGGUUACUGUAUGUCUUUUUCACGGAGAAGUGAAAAAUAAAAGAAAUGCCUGAUCCCCGAUAAAUUCAUUAAACUUAAUACUUGGGGAGGAAAAAUUUGAAAAAAAGGCAAUGCCAAGUGGAUUGCUUUUCAAAUAACAACGUGUUCUGUGUUCGUGUCCAACAGGUUAUGACAGUGACAAAAGAAGAAGUUCAAACUUGCUUUGUGGAGGAAAACCCCUUUCCAAACCAUUUUUAAACAUUUCUCAACGACUUACCAUAUAUUGUCUACCCAGACUUGUCGGAAAAUUUGUUUUUAUUGAAGAUUCAGGCGCUAACAGAACACUGUCCUUAUGCGAGGUGCAGGUUUAUUCCGAGAGAAGGACCAGCAAUGGUAAGCAGCUGUCGUGACUGCUUGUCUAAUUUUCACUUUCACUGAUAAGAGUUAUUUCGUUCUAUAUGGAGAAAGAUCUUAGUCGACUUGACACGAGCUUGAGACACAGCAAAACUCUGAUUCCCCCACAAGGCAUUGAUCUUCAUUUCAGCUGUUUCAAGCUGGUUCGAGGAAAUAGGGAAGGGUUUAGUACAAAUUUAACUCCAACUUUCUUUUUGGGAAAGCGAAGCAUUUUACAACAAGGCAAAGAACAUCCUUCUGACUCUUAUCUUAUCCCUUCUUUAUACAGUGGAGCCUUUUGCCAACAGCAAAAUUCGGGAGCGAGAUAAGAGAAGAAAGGUGGCUGUUGUUAGUGGGGAUGCGGCUGUCGAUAAGGAUUCCAAUUUAUUAUCUUUCCCCUUAUCUGUUUUCUUUUCCUUUUGAAGCAUGUCAGACACAGGCAAUUAAUUUGGCCAACUCCAACAUACACUCGGACAAACGUUUUACAGCCUCAUCAUUUCUGGCGAACAAUGAACCGUAUAAAGCACGCCUCAGGAAUACUUUAGGAGCCUGGUUACCUAGCAGUAACAACAAUACUAACGACUACCUGGAAGUUGAGCUGGGAGAUGUGUUCUUUAUUUGCGCUGUAGCUACUCAAGGACAUCCACUUCUAGAGCAGUGGACCAAAAGUUAUAAGCUGCAUUUUUUCCUAAAGAAUUGGAUCACCUAUAAAGAGAACAACUCGGAAAAGGUUUGAAAAAUAGUAAACUCGUUAUAGAAAUAUUCUAUAGCUGCCUGAGUGAGAUAGCCUCAACUCUCCCAGUGGAGUGGUAAUAACGAAAAUUAUUUCUUUCGGUGUAUCGAUUAGUGUACGGUUACAUUUUUUAUUUGAAAAACUGUUUUUACAAGUGACCCAAAGGUGACAUCAGCUCACUUUCAAUUGGAUCAAGUUUGUAAGGUGUCUUACUCUAAACGAAAAAGAAUCAAAUCAGAUUUGCAGUAGGUUACGGGAGAGAGAGAGAGAGAGAGAGCUAAAUUUUGAUACAAGUCCAUGAAUCUUUGAUCCUAGUUCGAGAAGGGAAACUGAGUUUCAGUUAAUUUCUAAUAAAAUUUUGCUAUAGAUUUUCAGCGGCAACUGGAGCAGCCAGAAUGAAAUAGUGAAACAAUUUCUGGUAGAAGUGACAAGGGCUCGGAUCAUUCGGUUCCAGCCAGUUGACUAUUAUAUUCACAAAGUUCUCAGAGUGGAAGUGUAUGGAACAAAAACACCUGCAGGUGCGUCAGUGUAA